UUCAUUUUCACUUUUAGUUAUGCAGGGAGAGAACGUGAAACAAACCUCGUGGUUAAGCCAAGGAAUUUGAUCAAGAGGCUAAUUCAAGCUUAAUAAGAUGGCCACUGGGAUCAGCGCGCUAUGAAGCUAAAAGCGGUUAGUAUGGGGCAGUCUACGCUGCGCUUCAUCUUAUUCGUCGUCAUGAUUUGUUAGGAUGAGUCUUGGCCUCGUGAAACGAGAGAUUGAUUGCGAACCUUAUUCAUGUUUCGUUGGAGAUGGCUGCCAUCUUGAUUCGAUUGUAUGUAUCACUGCUCUAAAAUAGUAUUGAUCUAAGUGUUAGAACUGAGUAGAAGCUGGAAGACAGCAUUGUCAUGCCGUACAAACCAUUAUUGAGCCGCGCGUCUUAGACAAUUUAGCUGCUUGGCGAGAGUAAGCGGGGAUAAUUAAGGUACCUACCUACCUACACAAAGCAUCAAACUUGUUCAUUUGAGGUAAAACCCUGCGAUGGCCGGCGUUCCCAAAGCUCUAGGCUGCGACGCCUGCCGGAAACAAAAGAAAAAGUGCGAUCAGGCUAAACCAUCUUGUGCACGCUGCACACGCCUGAAACUCAAAUGCACAGGCAUCGGCGUAAAGCGCUUCGUCUUCAAGUCCGAAAACACACAAGCAGCCAAGAAACACAGCAAAGCAGUAGCUGCACCAUCUUCGGCGCUGAGUAAUGAAAAGACGCUAGUAGCGGGUAACCUGGUGCAUAUUCUUGAGUUUGAUAACCCAGGCUAUGACAUCUCAACGUACGGAUGGUUCGUCAACGACUUGCCGCGUCACGUUGGGUCGAGUAAACCGCUCGAUGCGGCUAUUACGGCGUUUGUAACGGGUUUUGCGCCGUUGAAGGAUAGGAGUGCUUCAAAGGUUGAUGCGUUGGAUAAGUAUGUUUUUGCGUUGAGGGCUUUGAGGGAGGCGAUGCAGGAUCCUGGGAAGGCGUUUUCGGCGGAUAAUAUGUGUUCGAUUUACUUGAUUUCGAUCUGUCAAGAAUGGCUUGGGAAUGGUGGUACUGGUAUUGGCGUUGGGAGUGUCAACUCGAAGCACCACGAAGUUCUCGCAUAUUUGCUUCAGAACGCUGUCACAAAGUCCCAAUUUAACUCCUCCGACAAACCCUUCAUGAAUACCAUCUUCUCCAUAGUGGUCCUCGAGAGUUUCACAAACCCCAACAUCCAACUCGGUCCCUGGUUCUGGCAAGCUCUCUCCGCCCUCAGCGAUGCCGCGCGGCCUCUCAAAUCAGGUGACGGAACAUCCUUCGCAAGCCUCAAUAUCGGAACGAUGGGUGAAAUAUCCUGCUUCAUUCGCGAUCCAGAUCGAUACCUCUACCAGAUCCAGUGCACAUACGCUCUUAUUCAGACGGAGCACCCUAGACUUGUCAAAGCAGCUGAAGAAGCAGUCGCCAAAGCAAAAGUAUCGGGCUCAACGUCUCUUCAGAGAAGAAUGGGGAUACGUUUCCAUGCCGCGAUCGCUGCAAUGCUGACGAUGGCUACCAUUCUGAAUCGUAUUCUCCGGUCUUAUGAUGGGGACCCUAUUCUUUUGGCAGAUGCGAAGCGCUAUGUUGAUGAGAGUAUUGCGCUGGGCCGUGCUGCUAGUUACAAUCGGCCGAUUGCUGCCUCUGCUGUGGCUUCGCCUCUCGCGCUGUCAUUAGCUGCGCUGGAUGAUUACAGGCGCGAGGAAGUCAAAGAUUUGCUCGUGGAGUAUCAGAGCGACUUCCCAGGUCUGGAUUACUUUUCUGAUGUCAAGAUGGUCAGAAGAGGAUUUGAAGAUAUUGAUAAGAAUAAUCAGAGGAAAGUGAGGUGGCUAUUAUCAAGUGAAGAAGAGUUUGAUAGUAGUUCGGGUGACAAUGACAUGAUUACCGAGAUAGGACCGGGGUGUACAAUAUUGUAACGAACAUAGAAUGACGAGACAAAGCAGAAUCUUCCAGUACCUC